CUAUUUACCAAAAAAUUCGUUAUAUUUACUAAUUAUUUCUUUCAGUGAAGUAACAGCCGGCUGCUUAAAAUUCGAAUCUGUACAUUGGAUAUUUUUUGUAUCGGCGACAAAAAGAUGAAGAAGAUAGAUACGUGAACGAUUGUUUUUGUAAUACAUUCAAUGAUUGAAAACUGACAGCGUGCAUCCAUUAACUCGAUUUGUUUACAUUUGUUACAUAGGACCUUUUCAAAAGUUACGCGAGAUAUCAUCAAACCUGGCAUUUCUGAACCCAGAUUAGAAAGAUAUUUGUGGAAGUUUCCUGGCAUCCCUGGCAUUAUCUGUUUACAUUUCUGAAGACGAGAAUGCUGAAGCUAUCAGCAAAACAUUUCAAGAGACUCAAAAUAGCUUGUUCUGCUUGCUGCUGAAAAAAGGAAUGUUUUGGCAUUCUUACGUUCUAUUGGACAGUUUUGACAUGGCGUUUGUUAAAAACAACCUUGAUCAAUGCAGCUUCUGCUCUAACACAUGCAAUGAGGAAUUUCGUCACGAACUAGUUCCCACUCACCAGCAAGAGCAGAAAAUAAACACUAUCUUGCAGAAAUUGAGCAAUUCCACUUCCCAGUUAAGCAGCUAUCCUACGUGCGACAAAUGCCACCAAGAGUUCAUAACCGUCCACAACAUUCCCGAGUGCUGCUUCCUAAUUUUGCCCAGCGUUGAACCAACUGCUAUCAAAAGGGAGCCAGAGUUGAUAAUUGAUGACCACAAACUAUCGAAUAAUGUUGACGUUUUCGAGACAGACCCUAUUGCACUGGAACCCAAAACGCUAAUCAAGGGACAGAAUGGAGAGCUAUUUUCUAUCGGCGAAGUAGUCGAAGAAGACAAAACAUUCAUUCGAACUCAUACGGGUGAGCGUCCUUAUUCCUGUCCACAUUGUCCGAAGGCGUAUAAUCGCCCUAAAACGCUCAAACAACAUAUUCGAACUCAUACUGGUGAACGUCUCUUUUCUUGUCCACAUUGUGCAAAAGCGUGUUCAAAUUCUUGUACGUUACAAGAUCACAUCCGAACUCAUACGGGAGAACGUCCAUAUUCUUGUCCCCAUUGUCCGAAGGCGUUUAAAACUAGUUCUGUGCUCCACGGGCACAUUAAAACUCAUAAGGGUGAACGUCCCCAUGCAUGUCCCCAUUGUCUGAAGGCGUUUGAGCUUGCUUCAAGUCUUAAAAAACAUAUUCGAACCCAUACGGGUGAACGUCCCUAUUCUUGUACACAGUGUUCAAAAACGUUUAUUAGUUCUUCAGCACUCCCAGACCAUAUGAGAACUCAUACGGGUGAACUUCCCUAUUCUUGCCCACAUUGUCCGAGAGCUUUUAGACAAACUUCAAAUCUCAAACGACACAUUCGAACUCAUACGGGUGAACGUCCCUAUUCUUGUCCACAUUGUCCACAAACGUUUGUGGAUUCUUCAUCACUCGAGCGACACAUUCGAAUUCAUACGGGUGAACGUCCCUAUUCUUGUCCACAGUGUCAAAGAACGUUUAUUUGUUCUUGGUCGCUCCAUAAGCACAUUAGAAGUCAUACAGGUUGAUCUAGAAUGUUCUACUAUUGUUUGUAGCCCCCUGGUUGCAAGCGCGCUCACACCAUAUAGCAAGUCUAGGGUACGCAUAGACCAAAUUACGUAGAAUAGAAGAUGUUCGGAAGGUAUUUUUUCAAUAUUUCUUGUUUUUAAAAGUUCAAAAAAUCGUAAAAAAGUGACAAAAUCGUUAGUCGGGCCGACGAUAAUCACGAUAGUGUACCGCAUUUUGACUGCAGCAGUAUGUCGAAGUGCAACGUCCGCGAUGCCGGAGCAGAAAAAUUUUGAAGAAAGUCGGAUAACUUUCCACCGUUUUCCGACCAACAAAUUGUUGAGACAGAUAUGGUUAAACUUUUUCGGAUACAAAAGCUCGUUUAAUACGCGAAACAUAUUUGUUUGUUCGCUUCAUUUUUCGCCGGAUUCUUUUGGGGAUACUGUUUUAACCUAUAAUCAGCAAAGAAGACGCCUUCGUACUGGAGCUGUUCCAUGCAUUCGCUUCUUGGAUCUUCCAAAACGUUCCGUUCCUAUGGUUUCACACGAAAUUCCUAAUUUAUACAUUCACUUCUUGCGAAAGUGCAAAAUAUUUAUUUGCCAUAACUUCGGAAGAUGACCCGGCAAUUUGGUCCCUUAAGUGGCCUCACUACGGCUGAACACUCCAAUGAACUAAUGAAAAUGUCGCGAUGAUACUUGAUGGAUGCUUCAUUAAAAGAGAAAAAAAUCAGCAGUGUGGGAGUUAAUCUUUCAUCACAUUAUCAAUUUGCGGGAACGACACUGCUUCGAUAUAACCUCUCCAUACAUUUGUUCAUUUAUAAUACAGGUGCGAUAAUUUCACUGUUUUCAAUUUUAAAAUGAUUAUUUUAAUUUUUAUAAUACAGGUGCGAUAAUUUCACUGUUUUCAAUUUUAAAAUGAUUAAAUAAACUGCUACUCCAUCAUUUAGAAACAUAUUUUCAGAC